UAUCGAGUUGUCCGGCCGCCACACGACCCCACACCCUCGUUUCUUUAUCCAAAGCCUAUGCUGCCUUGGAAGACGCCCCUCGGCAAUGAAGCGGACUCUUACAUGGCCUCGUUUGUGCCGGACAAUCCCAUCUGUCUCCACUCACCCAUCACCACCUCCUGUCUCCUCCUCUCUCUUCUUUUUCUUCCUCCAUUCUUCGCAGAGAGGGGAGGGAGGGAGGGAGAGACAUGGGUGCGUGUGCUACCAAGCCGAAUGCAACGGAGGGAGGAAGCGCACCUGUGACGCGGGAGGAGACGAUGCCCGAGGAAAAGAAGGAUGAUGUCGUGAAGGAAACAGGGGGCGGCGGCGACGACGGAGGGGAGACCGACCGCCGGUCUCUCGGCGUUCUGAUGAGCGAGGUGGAACUUCGGGAGGCAGCACCUCCAGAGGAGCAACCCAAGGAAGAACACCCCAUUGAGCAACUCCAAAUCUCUGCAACAACUGUGGCGGAACUUGCAGAAGCUGAGAAUUCAGCUGUGCUACUUGCAGAGCACGAAACAGCAACAGCCGCUGCUGAGAGAUCAACUGCAGUCGUAGAACAACUGGAGAAGGUUGAAGAUGAUGCUGCGAAGCCUGAAACCGACGACAAACACACUGCAAUCGUAGACAAAGAACCUGUUGUAGCAGCUGCUGUUGAACCACUGAAAGGAGACGAUCACGCAGCUGUUGAUAAGCCAAUUGCAGCGGCACAGACGAGCAUAACCACUGCAGCAGAUUCUGAGGACGACCCAAAGAGAGGAGAACCAAAUCCAACAGCAUCGGAGUCGAACGCAUUGGAUUGA